AUGAAGGUUAUAUUCCUGGACGACUUAGAAAGGCAGUUUGAGACUGUUAUCGCAACAGCAGACUUGCUAUGCACGAAAGAAGAAUUGCUGGCAUACGACGAAACCCCAAAUCGUAAAGGCUAUCCUAAGAGAGUUUGUAAUGCUUCUGUAAUAUACUGCCGCGAAUAUAAAAAACGCCUGAGACUGCGUGGCACCUUCUUCACUGCUCCAGGAGGAGCCCGUUCCAUAAUUCGGAGAGCAGCGCGCGCGUGGAAGGACCUGGAUCCUACCCUGAAGAAUGUCUUCGAACUUGCCGCACAACUAAUGAAAGAAAGGUUCCAACGCGACCACCCGACGUACAAGUAUCGACCGACUAAAAGAAGUAGACGACAGCAACACAACAUGAACAGAGCCGAAGAACUAGCUAACACUACGCUAAACGGAGAACCAGCUACCACCACGGAAAACUUCCCAGGCGAAGAACCAAACUUCGCAGGAGAAGAACCAGCUAUGCCGGGGCGCGGGCCGGCAGGGUUACCGUCACCCAGCACGCCCCCGCAGCCGCUACCACACACGACAAUUCUAGAACAGAGUGCGACUAGCCAGUCGCUGCCACACACGACAACGCAAAAUUUUAAUAACUCUUCUUUCAGCAUGAACUCCCCUCAAUAUUAUUAUCCGUCACCCCAAGAAAACGAGGAGCAGAUUGAGUCAGAUGCAUCAAGCAUCUUGUCUUCCCCCCCGGACGAAUAUAUUCCAUCUCUUCCGACGCCGCUGAUGACACCUGGUUGGACUUCGUAUAGUGAUCCAGGUACACCCGGCGCGAUACUUGGUGAACAGGUAUACCCAAACCUGUCGGAUAUUGAAGUACAGGAAGAAAUCCCAAUCGAAGAAAUCGAAGAAAUCAAAGAACAGACAGAAAUCGAUUCAACAAUAGAAAUCGAAGAACAGACAGAAAUCGAACCAGAAUUUACUACUGAAGGAGAAUUUGACCGCUUAUUUGGAACGGGUCAUUACGACUAUUUGGAAACAAUGGACGAAUUCUUGUUCUGA